UCUUACCGAUAGGAAACAUGAAAAUGGAAGGGGAAGCAACCACUCUGAAGAGAAAUCUAACAGAAUGGAGGUUCAGUCAGUACCCGAAAUACAUUUUGCUGCCCAUUGAUGAGAAUCAUGAUCAAAUCAAGUCAAACAUCAAGAAUGUUGUGUUUUCCGAGGUGACUCCUCGUCCCUUGGAGAGGAAUAUUCGUUUAGUGUGUUACUCGGAAGAUGCUCUCAACUCUAUCCUGGACAUGGAUCCCGAAAUAACGACUCGCGAGGAGUUUGCUGAAUUCAUAGCUGGCCGCAAGCUGCCCUAUGGAGCUCUGCCUGUGGCACAUCGGUAUGGUGGUCACCAGUAUGGCUUGUGGGUAGGUCAACUUGGUGAUGGUAGAGCUCAUAUUCUUGGAGAGUAUGUGAACAGACAUGGCGACAGAUGGCAGAUCCAGCUCAAAGGGUCAGGGCAGACUCCCUACGCGAGGGUGCACGAUGGCCGCGCUGUGCUCCGCUCUAUGGUCAGAGCCAUGAUAGCAGCUGAAGCCUGCCACUUUCUGGGGAUACCCACCACUAGGGCUGCUGGACUUGUUGUGAGCGACGAGACGGUAGUCAGAGACGUUUUCUACACCGGCAACCCUCGAAGAGAAAGAGCUGCUGUUCUUCUCCGCUUAUCACCGUCAUGGUUCCGCUUCGGGUCCCUGGAGAUACUGUCUAAAACUGGGGAAGUUGCCGUGUUGAGACAACUCUCGGAUUUCAUCAUCAAAGAGUACUUCCCUGAUAUCCACUUGACUGAUGAGAAUCGCUUCAUCAGAUUGUUUUCUGAAAUAGCUCAUCGAACUUUAGACCUUGUGGCAAAAUGGCAAGGUUUCGGCUUCACCCACGGUCUUUUGAAUACGGAUAACAUGAGCCUUCUAGGGCUUACUUUGGAUUAUGGACCAUUUGGGUUUGUAGACUCGUACGACGGAGGCUUUGUGGCCAACUGUUCCGAUGGAGAAGGGCGGUAUGCUUUGGCCAAACAACCUGACGUGGUGGUUUGGAAUAUCGGGCAGCUAGCAAACGCUUUGAAACCCCUCCUGACAUCAUCUCAACAAGUCCACAUGUCGCACAUCCUGAAGACUUUGGAUACCUAUUGCAAGAAUAAGAUCUUAGAGACUUUCUUGAUGAAGAUCGGCUUGAAGGAAGAGCGUUGGGGCGAUGAGCAGCUAGUGGAGAAGCUUCUGGACAUGAUGCAGCAGACUGGAGCUGAUUUCACUUGCACGUUCAGACAGCUUGCUGAAUUGGAACCCUGUGAAAUGGUGAGCGAAGUGAAGCUUGACGAGAAGUGGUCUCUGAAGCGACUGUCCUCGCACGCGUCGUGGGGCUGCUGGCUGGACCAGUACCGCGAGAGGUUGGAUAAAGAAGCCGGUAAUUUCAAAUUAUUGGACGCAAGUUCAGCAGGCCUGUUUGAAGACGAACGUCGCCGCCGAAUGCUGAGCGUGAAUCCGGUAUACAUUCCCCGGAACUGGCUACUUCAGGAAGCUAUCGUCGACGCCGAAAGAGAUGACUAUCAAAAAGUUCGUUUUCUUCUCGAUGUUCUACGUCGCCCUUAUGAAGUGCAACCAGAAGCUGAGAGGCGUGGUUUCUCUGCGCAACCACCCCAGUGGGCGUACGCCUUAAAAAUUAGUUGUUCAACCUAAUUUUAACUAUAAUAAAUGCUUUAGCUAUUUA